AUGAAUUUCAACGAAGCUUCAAUCCAAGCUCGUAAAUCAGGCCCUGAAUCGAGUCACCGUAAGUUCGAGGCGCCUCGCCACGGCUCCCUGGCCUUCCUGCCCCGGAAGCGGGCUGCCCGUCACCGCGGAAAGGUCAAGUCGCGCAAGGGUCAUUUCUCUUGGUGUACAGAGACUAACCAGAAUCAUGUGCGCGGCAGCUUCCCCAAGGAUGACCCCAAGAAGCCCGUCCACCUGACGGCCGCCAUGGGCUACAAGGCCGGCAUGACCACCAUCGUCCGUGACCUCGACCGACCCGGCGCCAAGGCACACAAGAAGGAGGUUGUGGAGGCUGUUACUAUUGUUGAUACACCACCGAUGAUCGUUGUUGGUCUGGUCGGUUACAUUGAGACCCCCCGCGGCCUGCGAUCCCUCACCACCGUCUGGGCCGAGCACUUGAGCGACGAGGUCAAGCGCCGAUUCUACAAGAACUGGUACAAGAGCAAGAAGAAGGCCUUCACCAAGUACGCCAAGAAGCACUCGGAGAACAGCGGCUCUUCCAUCACGCGCGAGCUCGAGCGCAUGAAGAAGUACUGCACCGUCGUCCGUGUCCUCGCCCACACCCAGAUCCGCAAGACGCCCCUCAAGCAGAAGAAGGCCCACUUGAUGGAGAUCCAGAUCAACGGCGGCUCCGUCGCCGACAAGGUCGAGUUCGGCCACGGCCUGUUCGAGAAGCCCGUCUCCAUCGACACCAUCUUCGAGAUGGACGAGAUGAUCGACGUCAUUGCCGUCACCAAGGGUCACGGCUUCAACGGUGUCACGGCUCGCUGGGGCACCAAGAAGCUUCCUCGCAAGACCCACAAGGGUCUCCGCAAGGUCGCUUGUAUCGGUGCCUGGCAUCCUUCCCACGUCCAGUGGACUGUUGCCCGUGCCGGUCAGAUGGGUUACCACCACCGUACCUCGGUCAACCACAAGAUCUACCGCAUCGGCAAGGGCGACGCCGACGACAACGCCGCCACCGAGAUCGAUGUUACCAAGAAGAAGAUCACUCCUCUUGGUGGCUUCGUCCGCUAUGGUGAGGUCAACAACGACUUCGUCAUGGUCAAGGGCUCCAUCCCCGGUGUCAAGAAGCGUGUCAUGACGCUGCGCAAGUCCAUGUUCACCCACACCUCAAGGAAAGCCCUGGAGAAGGUCGAGCUCAAAUGGAUCGACACCUCGUCCGAGUUCGGUCACGGUGCUUUCCAGACGCCCGAGGAGAAGAAGCAGUUCCAGGGUACCCUCAAGAAGGACCUGGCCUCGAGCGCCUAA